GAGAAAUGUACAGAAUUUGUUACAAGAAGAAACUAGCCAUGCUGACAAACCAGACACCAUUUUGUGUAUAGCAGGAAUUGACAGUAGAUACAGUGAUGGCAGUAUGGAACUGUUUAACUAUCUUCUUUUUGGCUUUUUUGAAACAAGAAAGGCAGAGCUGGAAAAAUCUGGUUUUGAAGAGGAGGUAAUAGAUGAUGUGGUGUUUGUGAUUCGCCGGUAUGAGGUAGAUAUCUACUGUAAUCCUAUCAACUACCAUUAUUUCCUUCCCUACGUCAGUCAUUGGAGAAAUGUCCGUUUCCACUGUGUCACAGAAAAGCAGUAUGAAGAUGAAGAAGAGUCUGGUGAUUUUAAAAUCCGGUCAUUUAUUGAAAUGGUGGGGGAUAGCAAAAGAAUAGGAAUACCAUUCUGUAUUUCAGGACACAAGCAAAAGUUUGACAAGAUGUUAGUGGAAAAGUGGCCAAUUGUGCAGGCUUAUGCUCUUGAUGACUUUGGAGGAAAAGGAUUUUUCACGCUGUCACAUGAGGUGGUAGAUGUAAGUGCAGAUCUACACUUACUGUACAGAGAGAUGGAUCCUGUAUCACUAGAAAAUGUUAUCACUGAGCAACUGCCUCUGUUAGAGAGACAGUGGACCAAUAUGAUCGAUACUGUCAAUGCAGACCUAUCUAAAGAUCCUAAAGUGAUUACAGAAGAAAAGAUUUGUGAGCCACUGAAGAGUUACUUUUUACAUGGUAUUGUGGGUGCUGGCUCUACCAACAGAAGUCACAUGGAGGUUCCCUUUGUUGUCUUUGGAACAAACACCAAAAAGUCUGUUUUGGACAGUUUGGAGGAUGGAGGGAAAACUGAGAAGAAUCAAAUCCAUUCCACUGGCAUAGGCAAAAACCCUGCUAGAUUUAUGAUGUGUAAAGGCACUUCUCCACAGUCUACUCUGAGUUGUACCCGGACCUACUUCUUUACCAAUCUGUCGGAUCCAUUUCAGGAGUCAAACCAGGAUUAUAUAGUAGAAGAUGAGGAAACAAGAAUUCUGAUUCAGCUGUAUUCUGCCAUGGUGGAUGGUGUGAUGGAAGGAGUACAGGUGUACUCAAAUACAUUGAGUGUACACAAGGCCCGUGCCAUGGCUGUUGACAAAUUAUUAGACCAGUGUAAAAUGAUUACCAACCCCAUCAUACAGAAAUAUCUACAACGCAGCAAUGUGUCCAACAUCGUAUUCAGUAUGGACAUUAUUGGUAACAGUGGAUGCUCCUGUCCAGUGGAAGAUGGACAACGGUCACUGAAGACAAAGACAGUAAAGCUCGUCCUCUUUGACAUACCUAGUGUUGCUCAUCCUGGCAAGGUGGUAGGAUCUCUGGCAUACUCUGAAGUUUUCCUUGACUCUGUUAUACGGGUUCAGAAAGAAGAUGGGACAAAGUAUUUGGAUAGCGAGAUAUUGAUCCUCACUGCUAAUUUCCCACGAUUCCAAGCAUGGCAUUUGAAUGGUGGUAAGAACAGUCCAGUACCAGCCCUACAGGACAAACUGACCCGUGGCCUGAGUGACCACUGUGGCAAGGUGUUGAUAUCUGGGGAGACAGUCUAUGCUGGGACAGCAAAGAACCUCAGCAGAUUUCCUAUUGAAGUCCAGCUCUUUGUGUAUCAACAUGCCCUGAUCAUCUUCCAGCCUCAUUCUGGUGUUGUUACCAUCCUUAACAAUGAAACCCUGCAAUCAAUACAGUUUUACGAUGGGGGAACUGGCAGUGUUGUAGCAGUGCUUUACCUGAUUGUCAAGGAAACAGUAAAGUUAAAACUACCAACAAUUUUGAUGUCGGACAGCCAUCACAUUUAUCUGAGCUUAAUGCCAAAGUCGAAGGCCUACAAACAUAUGUUCUCAGAGGUUUUGCCGACAUGGAAAACGGAAUCUAGUCUGCCUGCUGUCAUACGAUGCGACACAUUACCCCCGGAAUAUGCUGACACGUAUAGCUACCUCCAGAACCAUUACAAGAUGACUCCACCCACUCACCCCCUGGUAGGAUUUCCCCGUGCUUUGGCAACACUUCCAAAUCUUAAAAGGUUUCUAGCCCACUUCUCUGCCAGUAGUGUGAGCGACCUCCCCAUACCUGAGGCAGCCUUACCAGCGAUUCGUAACAUAGAUCAGCCUCUGGAUACUGACCGCAGCAUCGCCAACGAGAAUCGCAGACCUGGUGAGGUAGUGGAACCAGAGGAUAAGACUAUAGAGAUUGUAGUGAACAUUGUGGGAGGUGUACAUGGGAACCACAAGGCCACAUUGUGUGACACAUUAAGGGAGAUCACCACAGACAGAAUCAAAUGGACAGUCCUUCAACAGCCUCUAGAUACAACCAAGUCUUUUGUCCCGAGCCAGCUACAAAUGUCUCUGACUGCAAUAGUCAGCAAUAACAGAAGGAAACGGUCAUCUACAUCCACAACAUCCAAGGCGCGAGUGUUAGUGGUCACUCCAAUGAAUGUGGACAUUGUUCAAGUGGUACAAGCAAUACAGUGUCAUCCAGACCCAGAAGUGAGAAAGGUCACCAAAAUAGGUGCUGUGACCGUGUGUGUUGACCCUCUUAAUGCUUAUAUGGAGCGCAGGUUAACACUGCCUUAUCUGCUCAAUGACUGUGCCCAGGGGUGGGUCAACAACAUUCUCUUCACGUCUUCUACAUCAGUCAAGAACCAAUCACUGAUAGAAAUCCAGAAUCUGCUUCGUUCAAUCAACACAGAUGUGGCAUUUUUCUUGGCUGAGAAUGGCAAAGUGACUAGGAGUAUGGACAUCGAUGCCAUGUUGUCAGAGACAGCAUUUAUGCAGGAUGAAAAAGUACGAGCAAGACAUCUGCUUUGUCCAGGCUGGUCCCUGGGGAUUUGGAAGGAGCAGACAACUCUACUCAAAAUGAACAGUAUUCUCCUUAGAUUCUCACAGCCUUUGGAAAGUCCCCUUCUGAUGAAAAACCUGAGAGGUCUGAAGAGCUCUCUGAAGGCUUUUCCUUGUAAGGGAAACAUCUACUUCAUACAUGGCAUGCUCCAUUUCACAGAUUCACCAAACCUGAAAGAGCUUCAUCAUAUUACACUCAGUGACACCACAACUCUGAAUGCCGCCAAAAAUCUCGACCAAUUGUCUAGUAAUGUAACCAAUGGAGAUGGUCCCCACAUCACUAAGGGAGACAACUUCCUAGUGAUUACUGGAUGUGGACUGAAGGAGGCUGUGGUGAAGGACUGGGUCAGAAUGUGUGUUAAACAGAAACCUGAAAAGAAGAAUCUGAUAACGCGUAAAAAUGUCUCCAGGGAAGAUGUGAAGCAAAUCCAUGCGAAACGCCACCUUGAUGCUCUUCCUGAGGGUUGGUUCUACAAUGGUACACAGUUUGUUAGCUUUGAUGGAGAGAAGCAGAAUACACACCCGGACCUGGACAUGUUUAUCCGACAAUACAUAGAGGAGACCAACCAUGAGGUGGAGACAUUCAAUAAAAAAGUGGACGAGAUUUCUAGGAAAUAUGUGGACCUCUUCUCAUGAUUGCCAUGUGUACAGAUGUUGUGAGCUGACAAGAUAACCUGUUGUUUCCGAGCUUCCUCUGGCGAUGUCUUCAUAUGAACAAAAAUAUCAUGUUGGCCCUAUCGUCUACUUUCUGCUGAUCACUGUACAUGCUCCUGAACUCUGCAUGUUUGACUGGACUAUGAUCCUUUUCUAAAUAUUUUGUUAACCUUUGACCUCAACAUCGUGACCUCUGCUUAUAAUCCUUGGAAACCUGAAAAAUAUGGGAUGGUAAAAUUUACCUCUGUGGUGAAUGAAUAAGUGACCUAAUGGGAGAAUUUUCACGAUGAUGACUUCUCUUGACUUAUUGACCAUUCAUAACCUUUCUGUCAUGAUUACUGCUUCAUUACCAUGAUCUCUGAUGACCUUUUAACCUGGAGGUGUCAAUUUCCAAAGAGCCAUACUAAACAAAGCCAUAGAAUAAAUGUUUAUGCAAAACACUAACAGUAUUAAAAGAAAUUGUCAUAAUUUGUUUGAAUGUCUCUGAGAGUGCUGGGAAACUGUGGUUUACCUAAUGCCAGAACAUCUGAUAUAGUCCAGGGUUUCUGGUGAUAGACUGCAGGAUGUUACAUUCAUUUUUUGGAUGCUUACUGAAGAGGAAUUACUGAUACUGUUUUAGAAUCAACAAUGUUUGAUACACAUUACAUGUAUUGGUGUAGUGGUAUAAUUUGGAGGUACAGUAACUUUCCCUUUAUAGAAAUCUACAGGGUAUUUGUAGCCAUAUUUCUGCUUCCUCACUUAGUUUCAUCAUUCCAGUGAUAAAGUUUUAAUCCACAACAGUCAUUUGUGUUUUCAUUAAUUACUGAGAACAUAGUAAAGUCCAUUACCCAGUAAAUAACAAACAACAUAUACUUUAAAAUAGGACAGAACAAAUGUAUAAGUAUGAUGUGCAGUGUUAAACUAAUGUUCAGCAAUAUGAAGGAAACAAUGUCUUGCAUUGUUUAUUUCUUCCUUUGAAAUUGUAUACUCUAGCCAGGGUAUUGAAUUUAAUCAUGUUUUAGGUCAAAUAGUAAAUAAACUGUCAUAAAACACAAGUAAAGUUGUAUGUAAAGCGAUACCAAUGAACCAAAUUUCAAUAUAAACUAGAGAGGUCUUCCUUAAAAGUAGGAUUACCUGUAAAUGAUUUUGCUAUAUCUAAAUUAGAAAACAUGUGUAAGUAAGAUUUGUCCUUUGUUGAGUACAACAUAAGACUGCUGAUUGUUGGAGAAUCCCACCUCCACACCUGAUACAUACCGUAUAUAUAUAUAUAUAUCCGAGUUGUUUUCUAUGUGAUGUUAUCACAUACUAUCUCCAUCCACUUAUGUUGUUGAUGUUGAUGCUGUGUUUAAUGGGCUUCAAUUACAGAUGUCUGUAACUUAGGAAGUAAAUUGUUGAUGUGUGGACUUUAAAAAAAGCUGAAAGUUUUUAUCUUCAAUACAAGAAAACAUUGUAAGAUCAAUACCUAGUGAAAUGUAAAAGUGAUGAAGUUAUUUUCUCAAUCCAAUUAUAAAUGGUAAGGUAUUUGACAAAUUGAGUCUGCAGUCCUAUUAUCAUUUUGUGUAUCUGUUGUCAGUAUGAGUUUCCUUAACAACCAGAUAUUGUAACUGCUUCCAGAAUAAAGAGAUGAUGACUACUGCUGUACUAUACAUUAUACCUGUCAAUAAGCUCAUGUCUGAUAGUAAGCCCACUUACAUCUAGAACACUUAUAGAAAUGCCAACAAACUACUAUGCCGUUGUGGUGUAAUAAGCCGAGUUGUGUUAAUGGAGUCAGUUUGUAAUAACUCCUUAGACUUAUAACCAAUGUGCUAAAACAUAUAAUACGUGUGAUCCAUGAUUGCUCAAAACUCUUGAUACAGACCUUGUUAGAUAACUUCACUUAUUAAUGGUUCCAUGUCCUUGUGUUUAACGAUGUGACUGUCCAGCUGCAAAGUUUAAAUGUUAUGUAUGAUGAAAGAUAUAUGUUUGUUUUAAAUUUUUUGUUUGUUGAUAAAUUCACCAGUCUAAUUUUGAUACAAGUAUAAUCUGAUCAGGUUAAUAUAAAGUUAAAGUAAUUAACAACAUUCCAUCCAUUUUCUGUCUGUGAUAUAUUGUCAGUGAGGUUCAUCUCACCCUAUAACAUAGAUCUGUAACAUGUUUAAGACAUGUAUAACAUAAGCAUGUGACAUUCCACAGACUUAUGUAUGUAUGUAUUUCAGCGUGUUCUUAAACUUAUAAUUUCAUCCAGUGUGAAAUCCAAGUUACUUGCAUUAAUAAAUAUUGUACACAGUUUUAAACAUCUUAAUCAAUAAACAUUUGAGUUACAGAGUCUGAUCUCACUAAGAUAAAUUUGUUGUAUCAAUAAGAUAUCCUAAUGUUUGUUACAAUGUAUAUCCCUUUGUCACCUAUAUCCUUAUAAAGCCUCACAUUCUAUGGCCUGCACAUUUUGCCAGGAUGUAUCACAUGGGUACAAUAACAAUAAAGUAUAUCGUUUACACAAAUUAUUUAUAAUUAAUUGGGGUCUUGAAUAAUUUGAAGUCCUCCUAUGUUAUUUUUCACAUCUUAUUGACAAUCAGCUAAAUAAGGGAAAUAACUCAUUGAUAGUAAAAUUAUCCAAAAAACAUGCAGUGUGGAAUAUUUCUUUUCUGAAAUGAUAUUUCCUUUAUCUCUACAGAUUUUUUAGACAUAUUCAUAGUAAUAAUAAAAUGCACACACAAGUAUAAAUGGACAAAGGUCUAUUGUAUCAUAGUGAUAAUACUAAGUGGACAACAUAAUACACAAAACUGAACAUCACUUUCACUUAUUUGACUUGAAUAUAGCAAAUAAAGUAAUAAAAAAAAUGUUUUCUUUUUUCUUCUUUACUGUGUUGCAAAAGUCUGUAUGUGUGUUAUAGUUUGUACAGCAUGGUUUUGUUUCUGCUCAUUCAUGUGUGUGUCUACUUUGUACAGUUUGAGAUGUUUCAUUUGAAUUGAAUAUGUUAGAGUUUUCAAUGUUUGAAAAAAGCUG